CACGUGAUGGUCGGUGCGCGUCACCGAAGCGCUGUCGCUCGCCUGGAGACUGGAGCUGGGCUGACUGACACUGUGUGCAGCAGGCUACUGUAAAUAAAGAAUACAAACCCAACAAACUAGCACGGAACAAAUAAGCAAGCCGGCCAGCAUCGGGUUAACUGGUAGUAGUUUCUCUCAUUCAUUCGGCGAGUUGUCUGUUAGGGUGUUUUUCAGUCCUUUUUUUAUAUUUUUUUAGAUUUGAGCGUGCCAAGUAGAGGGAAAGCAAAAACAUGGCUGGUUUAAUGGCAGGUUUUGGUCAUUACACCCACGCCGUCGUCCGGGGAAUCCCCGCGUCUCUGGUCAAAGAAGCGCUCCGGAGCAGCCAGUCGGUGGUGGACCUGGCCCAGGCGCGGAGGGAGCACGAGGCGUACGUCGAGGUUCUGGGGACGAGGCUCGGGCUGGUUGUGGUAGAGCUCCCCGCGGACGAGUCGCUCCCGGACUGCGUGUUCGUGGAGGACGCGGCCGUGGUGUGCGGUGACACGGCGCUCAUCACCAGACCCGGGGCAGAGAGCAGGAGGAGAGAGACGGAGGCAAUGAAAGCAGCUCUGAAGGAUUUGAAUCUGAACAUUGUGGAAAUGACUGACGAGAACGCCACACUGGAUGGAGGAGAUGUGCUUUUUACAGGUCGAGAGUUCUUUGUGGGUCUUUCUAAACGGACCAAUCAGAGGGGAGCAGAGAUCCUUGCAGAUGCCUUUAAGGAUUAUGCCGUGUCGACCGUGCCUGUGCUGGAAGGGCUGCACCUGAAAAGCUUCUGCAGUAUGGGAGGACCCGGCCUUAUUGUCAUUGGCUCCAGUGAACACGCACAGAAAGCCCUCAAAAUCAUGCAGCAAAUGAGUGACCAUCGCUAUGACAAGCUGACCGUGCCUGAUGACAUCGCUGCCAACUGCGUCUACAUGAACCUCCCUAAUAAGGGACAUGUGCUUCUGCACAACACUGCGGAGGAGUUUCCAGAGAGUGCGAAGGUGUUCGAGAAGUUGAAGGACCACAUGCUGAUCCCCGUGUCCAACAUGGAGAAGGUCAAAGUGGAUGGAGCCCUCACAUGCUGCUCUGUGCUCAUCAACAAGAAGGCCAACAUCUGAGCGCACUCACCGGGGGGGCUCUCAGUGCAUGGUAACCGAGCGGAGCCUGUAUCCGAUCACCAAGGAUCCCGAGGUUUAGCAAAACUAUUUUGGCACUUAAGAGGAAGGGUAGGUAAUUUUGUUGCAGAGGGACAAAGAAAAUUUAACUUGGAGGGAGUCAUCUGGUCUCACUUUUUCCCUCCAAACACUCAAAUUAUAUUAAACGUUCUUAAAAAGUGUGUGAAGAGAUCAGUUGACAUAAAACACAAUUCAUUUUAGGUUAUUGUUGUCUCUUUAAGAAUUUGAAUAUUACAUUAAAAUUAGUCUUAUUUUGAUCUUGAUGAAUCUUUUCUAUGAAAAAGUGGCCCUGAGCGAUUCGCCGGUUUGAAUCCCAGCUUGCCCGAUGGUUUGCAACAAGUCAUUGCCCUCAUCUCUUUCCCUACAUCUGUCUCUCCACUAUCACUAUCAAAUAAAAUGCACAAAAAAAUAAUUAGAUUACAUUUUCAACAAUACAUUUUUGGGAUUCUAAUUAAUCUGAUCCCAGAUCAGAGGAGUAGACCAUGUGCCAUGUUGAGCCCCCCUUUGAACCUGCAGACCAACCCUUGCUUACACUGUUUAAUGUUUAACCCUUUAAGAGAUAUACACAGAACAGAGCACUGGACCAACAAAGCCUGAGGAUCUGUUUGAUCAACUGUUUUUGUUGUGGAAAAUGUAUACAUUUGAUUUACACUGUUUAAAUGCACCAUUUUAACUGUGAUUUAUUUUUGGUGUGUGCGUUUCGUUGUGGAAUGUAAUUGGAACAAAGUUUUUAAUUAAUUUUUCAAGAACUGUAUUUUGUAUUAAGAGCGAUGGGGAAUAAAAAUAUAACAACCAAAUUCAAUUAAGUUAUUGCUCUUGACAGAUGAUGCUGUUUUAAUGACUGAUUUCAUGACUGUACAUUAUUUCAAAACCACUAACACACAAUUCUGUAUUUUAUAAAAAUAUAUGCAUGGCCAUAUAUCGGACUGUUGGGUUGUUUUGAUUUCUCAUGUUGAAAAUACAGUUCUUGAAAAGCAUUCUGGAGAUAUGAGCUUUUGGUAUGACCGCAGUGUUAUGAUGAUUUAAUGAUUGAUACAAGUACUGCCAUCGAGAUCUGAGGUGCUCUAACUUUUCAUUAAUAUUACUUACUAAUCAUUGCUAUUGAUCGUACGAUACUGGAGACGAUGUUUGAUGCUGUUGUCACUUGGGCCUUGGCUGUCCCUGUCGGGCGGCACAUUUCAACCAACCCCCACUGUCUGCAUAGCAGUAUGAUUACAGUCAUUCUAGGGAAAGGUUGUUCAAUAUAACCUUAUGCUAAAAUUGCCUGUAAAUCCACAUUUUAAAGCUUAGAAAAAAAAAGAUGAAUUCCUAGUUGACCAUGCCCCCAGACCCCAAUUGGUUUUACAUCUUUGUCACCUUUUUUUCGCCCCUGAUGAGUUUUGCAUCCCGGGUUAUUGCCACCAGCAAUACAAACCGUAGCCUGUUAUUGUAUUCUACUAGGACCAUCUGUGGCCAUUUCGUUUAGCAAUUUGACAUCUUUCCUGGUGAGCCUUAGUUUAGAUUCAUGUGGGGAGACACAUUUUCAUAACGUGUGCCAACCCUACUGAGGACAGAUAAAAGCUGCCUGUGUGGGAAAUGAAUGUUUAUUAUUUUAACAGGAACUAAGCUGUCAUUUAUUCCAACAUAACGCCUCUGCUCCUCUUAAUGUACAAUGUCUGUAUGGGAAACCAAUGACUUCUCUCCUGCCGAAUGAUUCUGAAGGCACUGUGGUUUUCUCACUCCAUUAGUUCUGCCUGUGUUGUUGAUUACACUGGUUUCUUUUUUUCUCCCCGACUGGCUGUUUUUACUCGAAAACUGACUCAGAGCAUGCUGUGAAACUGAUGUCUGUUCCACUAAAUCCAAUAGCACCAAAUGUGACUGCAGUGAGAGAGUUUGCAGUCAGCAUGCAGAACAAGCUAACUGUUUGUUGUGUUUCCAUGUGUUUCCACAAUGAUAGCUGCAAGCAGGAGUUUAAAGGAUGUUGAGCUCUGUUUUGGUGGCCUUAUCGCUGUUGUUGCUGAAUUCAUGUUUGAGGCCUGUACACAUGCUAUAUACUGUACAUGUUAAAGCCCAUGUAAAACCAUGUCUUUUCUCAAUGUGAUUGUAAGUGAAAGUUGAGGAAAUGACAUCAGGAGGUGAUUCAACCUCCCUCUGUAGACGUUUGCGUUUGGGCAAGUGGGCAGUGAUGAAACAUGGAAAGAAUUCCUGUUGGGAGGAGAGGCUUGUACACCAGUAAACACUGACUCCUAAACUUUUCUCUGUCUUUCUGUCUCACUCUCAACACUCGCUCUCACCCACCCUCUGCUAUUGCCUCAUAGACGAUCUGGGCUAAUUUAUGGCCAUGAUAUCAUACAGUUUGGCGAACACUGUAGAUGUGAUGGCCUGCUGUUAAAGUGGGACACUAGUAGUAUAUUUUACACAAAGCGGCUGGCUGGAUGCAGGGUGAUAGCAUAGUUGCAGAGCAUCAAGUUGUGAUUUUCACACAGUUACUCCAGACGGCUGAGCCAGGCAGGACCAGUCAUUAAAAGCCCAACCAGUGACAAAGUCUGCAAAUGAGCUACGGCUAGAAGUCCUGUACACAUUGCAUCGGUUGCACUUGAUUUAAAUGUAACAAUGCCUACAUGUAUUGCCCCUGUCAAAAUAAUAAAUACACUGCGAGAUUAGUACAAUGUCAACCGCUGGAAUUUUAACUAAAAUGUUCCUCUCUCACAUUGCUCCAAAUCACCCAUUGUGUUCACAGCUCUGGGGCGUCAUAACCUUUUCCUAUCCACAUAACAUUUUAUAACAUCUUUGGCUCUUGGCUUGCAAGCCUGUCUGUGAGUAACUGCCCCUGAAAAUGUGUGCUGACUUUGUUGAGGGUUUAUUUAUCCUCUUACUAAUCCCCUCACUCAUCACAGUAGUCAUGUUGUUGUGAUUGCCCUUGUUCCAACUGAGGUCUCUUGGCUUUCAUACACGUUGUGAGUAAUAAUUGUUCAAGUCAUCUUAAAUUGAUCCUUUUCGUCUACUUUGUGUAAUAAAUUAACAUCUAGCAUUCAA